AUGAAAAUGACUGAGGUGCAGCUGAACAGAACGGUGAGCAUGUCGGAUGACCGAAAUUGUGACCUUUCACGCCCGCAGCUGGUUUCGCAGGGCACCAGCGAUGCUGUGCACGCGGCUAGGUGUUAUCCACAUUGUGGUGUCGCUCAGUGCGUUCAUGUUCGUGAGCCACGUGACUGUGAUGAAGUGUUUGCCGUAGAUAAUGAUAUAAGAGCGCGGCCUGUGAGGUUUCUCCAGACUCGGGAAUUAAGUUCGUAUCCAGGGGAAUAUAAGUUGUCUCAUGAUGAUAAUGGGUUGGCUUCAGGGGAGCUACAGUUUUGUACGAAUCGUAGGGCCAGCAACGCAUCUGUAGAAGGCUAUGACUAUUCUAUGCCUCUCAGCGCUGGAACGGUGCAAUCGGUAGAAAGUAGUGCGUACUUGUCAUCACCUUGCACGAAGCAUCAUCAUAGACGGAAUUCUAUUGCUGUUAGAUUUACUACGUGUAGCACCCCUAGGAACAUGUGA